AUUAACCGCGCAGACCAAACUCAAGGUUAAAGGGUCGUGAGUGGCAUUACAAGUAUCCAUAUUAGUCGAUCGAAUCUGUUUUAUACUCCAAAUGGAUGAAUUCGAGGAGUACAGAAAUCCACUUACUAAGAGAUAUGCAAGCCGUGAAAUGGUGUGCAAUUUCGGAGAAAAGCGAAAAGUAAUCCUCUGGCGUCAACUGUGGAUAUGGUUAGCAGAAACACAAAAAGAGUUGGGAUUCGAUAUCACAGACGAACAGAUUGAUGAAAUGAAAAGUCAAAGGGAUUUAGUCGAUUUCGGGACUGCCGCAGCUGAAGAAAAGGCUCGGCGACAUGACGUGAUGGCGCAUGUAUACACUUUUGCUUUAGCUUGUCCAAAAGCUGCACCAAUCAUUCACCUCGGUGCAACAUCAUGUUUUGUUGGUGAUAAUGCCGAUUUAAUCAUGCUUAAGGAUGGUUUAAAUAUACUUUUACCGAAGGUUGCUAGAUGUAUUGACCGGUUAGCUAAAAAAGCUAUGUUGCACAAGAGUUUAAUAUGCCUCGCUCGCACCCAUUUGCAGCCCGCUCAACCUACUACAAUGGGUCGUAGAAUAUGUAUGUGGAUACAAGAUUUGUUAUUAGAUUUAGAGAAUCUAGAAAGGUUGAAGAACCACACAAUUCGUUUUCGUGGUGCUAAGGGUGCAGUAGGAACCCAAGCAUCUUUUAUGGAUCUAUUUCAAGGUGAUCAUCAAAAGGUUAUCAAAUUGGACGAAAUCUUAACCCAAAAGUCUGGAUUCCAGCGUUCCUGGUGUGUAACUGGUCAAACUUAUCCAAGAAAAGUAGACAGUGAGAUCUCUAACGUGUUGUCGAAUAUAGGUGCAACUGUUCAUAAAAUAUGCACCGAUAUACGACUGCUGAGUAGUUUUCACGAAGUUGAGGAACCUUUUGAAACCAAACAAAUCGGUUCAAGUGCAAUGCCAUAUAAACGUAAUCCUAUUCGUUCAGAAAGAGCAUGUUCUUUAGCACGUUAUCUAAUGCAUAUAUCGACUUCCAUGGUUUCUACAGCAUCUGUUCAGUGGCUUGAACGUUCAUUAGAUGAUUCAGCUAUUCGUAGGAUUGUUCUCCCAGAAGCUUUUCUUGCAGCCGAUGCAUGUCUUACUUUGCUACAAAACAUAGCUGAAGGAUUAAUAGUGUACCCAAUGGUGAUGGAAGCUAAUUUAAAUUCUGAACUUCCUUUCCUCGUUGUUGAACGUAUUUUGGUCAAAAUGGUGUCUGAAGGCGCAGCCAACCGUCAGGAAUGCCAUGAACGCCUUCGUAAGCAUAGUCAUGAAGCUGCUGCAGAAAUUAAAUUAAAGGGUUUAAAAAAUAGUCUCAUGGAUAAGUUACUCAACGAUGAUUAUUUUACCCCGAUACAUUCGUUACUUCCAAAUUUAUUAGAUCCAUCUUAUAUGAUCGGUCGUGCUGUUGAACAGGUGGAAGUAUUCUUAGACACUGAAGUUGACCCAGCAAUUCACUCAUACAAAGAUUCUUUAGCAUUGAACAGUAAUAUCACAAUUUGAUAUGACAACUUUAUAAAUAGUCAAAUUGUAGUUAACUUUUACUUCCGUUCAUUUCUCUUGACAUGUUUGAAUAAUUAACUUUUGUUAUGGAUUUUUACUGCAAUUUUUCAAUUCUUUUGUUUUUAAUAUUGCUCUGAUUUCCUCCUUUUUUCCAUAAUAUUCAUUAAUUUGAUCCAAUCUUUAUGUGGUAUCUAUAAAAUUAAUUUUUAGAGUUCCAUGAUAUUGUUGAACGUUGAUUAGCCAAAUCAUGGUAUGUUACAAUGUUAUGGUCAAAUUGUAUAAGUCAUCAAAUAUAGCUCC